AUGCCGGUCGCCAGCAAGCCAUCCUGGUCCACGGCUGGCUUGAAGCGCGCCAGUAUCACUAACUCCUGGAAUCCUCCCUCGAACUUGGUGACUCCCCUCAAUGAGGUAUGGCAGCACCAGAUCAGCUAUUGUGUGCGCUGGGAUUCCACUCAGUCGGUGUCUCAAGCCCAGCGUUCCGAUGUCGAUUUCCCAUACGAUACCGUGGACUUCAAUGUUGUCGGAUGGGCCGUCAAGGACAAGACCCUCCUGGGAGGUGACACAUCCGGCAUUGACAUCUACACCACGACUGACGUCGGUGGGAUUCCCGACACCUGCGAGGCCGGCAAGGAUCGUCACUAUGACCAAAGUCUCUGGCUCACGGAUGGUUUUCAGGGUAGUGCGGGUGGUGAUUGGGGCCAGCGUGUCGGACAGGCGUAUUUCUUCGAGAACCUGAAUGCUGAGAAUAUGCAUAUCUAUCUGCAUGAGAUCGGUCACACCUUUGCCUUGGACGGUAUGUCUUUUUUCCGUCACUGGAAUCCAGUUUGGUCUAACAGUGUCCGCUUUGAUCUCUAUGACUGGACUCCCGCCGGCCAGAACAGCUUCAUAAUGCUGGCCGGCAGUGCCACCGAGAUCACCGAAUUUGAAGCAUGGAUGGCGCGUGACUGGUGGCGCCAUUUGAAGUCUCGCUAUAAUUUAUAG